CUUGGAUCUUUAAAACCCCAUUUUACAGAGGCUGAUGUUGCAGCAACACGUUUAUUUGUUUUAGUUUUGUUUGUGUCGUUGUCUGUGCCUUCUGACACACCAAUUCAGUGCAUUUUCCAGUAGAGAUCAUUGUGAAAUCGUGGGUUGGGAGGAUGACAGUUCGAGUGCAUUGCUCGUUGAUUGCUGUUCUAUUGUGUCUGUUUGGAUACUUGAGCAUAACAGACGCUACUCUAGGUUUGGGAUUCCUUGGGAAGCUGACGGACUUGCUGUCCCAUCGAGGAUGUUCUUCUGAUGGAGACUGCUCUGGAGGAAGCAAAUGUUCUCGAUUUCACUGUGAGCCUGUUUCCAUGAAGCCAGGUCAAUGUCCCGACCCGAAGAACAUUCCACUGUUUGCUAAAAGCUGUGUCCAUGAUGGCCAGUGUCCUGUCUCACAGAAAUGUUGCCCAACCACCCGUGGCCGUGCAUGCAGUGAACCAAGCGGCCAGGGGUGGGGCAUGGGCCAGGGUCAGGGAGGCGGCAUGGGCCAGGGAAGCGGCCAGGGCAUGGGUCAGGGCCAGGGCAUGGGCCAGGGAAGCGGCAUGGGUCAGGGCCAGGGCAUGGGCCAGGGUCAGGGAAGGGGUCAGGGAAGCGGCCAGGGCCAGGGCAUGGGUCAGGGCGUGGGUCAGGGCGUGGGCCAGGGUCAGGGAAGCGGCCAGGGCAUGGGCCAGGGAAGCGGCCAGGGCAUGGGCCAGGGAAGCGGCGGCCAGGGCGGCGUGGGCCAGGGAAGCGGCCAGGGCCAGGGCGUGGGCCAGGGAAGCGGCCAGGGCCAGGGCAUGGGCCAGGGAAGCGGCCAGGGCCAGGGCAUGGGCCAGGGAAGCGGCCAGGGCCAGGGCCAGGGCCAGGGCAUGGGCCAGGGCCAGGGCAUGGGCCAGGGCCAGGGCAUGGGCCAGGGCCAGGGCAUGGGUCAGGGCCAGGGCAUGGGCCAGGGCCAGGGCAUGGGCCAGGGCCAGGGCAUGGGCCAGGGCCAGGGCAUGGGCGGCAUGGGCCAGGGCAUGGGCCAGGGCCAGGGCAUGGGCCAGGGCCAGGGCAUGGGCCAGGGUCAGGGCAUGGGCCAGGGUCAGGGAAGCGGCCAGGGAAGCGGCCAGGGCCAGGGCAUGGGUCAGGGAAGCGGCCAGGGCCAGGGCAUGGGUCAGGGAAGCGGCCAGGGCAUGGGUCAGGGAAGCGGCCAGGGCCAGGGCAUGGGCCAGGGAAGCGGUCAGUGAUGGGGUCAGGGAAAUUGUGGUCUUUGACACUAUCAUAAAAAUUUUGCAUAACGCCUACUGGAGAUUAUUUUUCAGUAUCUACGACAGUUUUCAAAGAUUCUCUCCCUUUUUCCCUCAAAUAAAAAGAAAAUUGCUUGAUUGAA